UACGCUACGGUUUCGUGCAGAAUGCACGUUUUUUCUUCUACACUCGUCGCCGUUUGAAACGAAAUGAACCAAGUUCGUCGUAAUGUAUUUUUCGGUAAAAUUAUAUAGUGGCUGUGUGAAUUGUUCGCGCUCUGCAUGUCCGUUUUAUUAAUAAUAUUUUCCUUACUUUGUAUCGUUUUUCCGCCUUAAGCGGAUUUUAAAAUAAUUAUUUUACCAUCAUGGAUAGGGAUAGGGACGAUCCUGCACCUAAAAGACGACGUGUGGAUAGUGGCGAUGGCGAUUCGCGUUCCCGAGACCGAGAACGUGAACGGGAGCCUAGGGCUGGAUCUAGCCGUGAUGACCCAGACAGGGACCGAGAACGGGACAGAUCUCGAUCCGAUCGAUCGGAAAGGCCUGAAAGGCCCAGUGGUGGAUCCGGCGGCGGUCGUGGUGGCGGACGACGUCGACCACCUUUGGAAAAUCAACUCAAAACUCGACCAGCCAGCGUCGAAGUCAGCAAGAAAGGAAAGAGUGGAACUCCCAUCAAGUUAAAAUCGAAUCACUUUUCGCUGAGCGCGUUCCGGCAGUGGAUUCUAUUCAAACACCACGUCGAAUUCGAUCCAGUCGAAGAUCGUACCGGAGUGAAAAAAGGUUUACUGAAAAUUCAUCGAGAUAAAUUCGUCGGGUAUUUGUUCGAUGGAUCGACUCUAUACACGAUUAAUCCUGCCUGUUCCGAGGAUGAACCAAUGCACCUGCAAAGCGAGUCGGUCGCCGGCCAGGGUACUUUUAAUAUUACCAUAAAGUAUGUCGGUACGUGUGAACCGGGCGAUUUUCAAUAUCUGCAAGUCUUCAGUUUAAUCUUACGCGAAUGUCUGGCUUAUUUGAACCUCGUCCAGUUGAAGAGGAAUUAUUACGAUCCGCAAGCUCGAGUCGAAGUUCCGGAAUUUCGACUUCAGCUAUGGCCUGGCUACGUGACGGCGAUCGGGCGGUACGAAAGUGGUAUCUUACUACAAGCGGAAAUAUCAUACAAAGUUCUAAGACAAGACACUGCCUAUGAUUUAUUCUACGAAGCUAGUCGUGGUCGCGAUUUUCGAACCGCGUAUAGUGCUGCGAUUACUGGCCAGAUCGUAAUGACAAGCUAUAACAACAAGACGUACCGUGUAGAUGAAGUAAAUUACUCAGCUACGCCGAAGAGUACUUUCCCGGUGAAAAAUAAAGACGGGAGUACCACCGAUACUUCGUAUUUGGAUUAUUACGUCAAACGUUACGGAUGCCGUAUUCGAGAUCAUAAUCAACCUUUAUUGAUCACUCGAAGCAAUGCUCGAGCUCGAAGAAGCGGAGCUGCCGAACUUGUGUAUCUAAUACCCGAAUUAUGCAUUAUGACCGGACUAACGGACGAAAUGCGGAGCAAUUAUCAAUUGAUGAGAGCUCUUGCGCAACAUACGAGUGUAAACCCGGGCGAACGUAAGAACAGAUUGAUGGGUUUCAAUCGUCGACUAAACGAUAUUGGCGAAGUACGCGAACGACUUCAAAAUUGGGGUCUAACGCUAGCUCGAGACUUAGUCGACAUUCCGAGUCGAAUCUUGCCCACCGAAAAAAUCAUAGUCGCUGACCGUAACCAGUACGAAGUAGGACCCGAGGCUGACUGGACUCGAAAUUUACGUAACGCCAAAAUGAUUAAUACAGCCGAACUUCGAAACUGGGUAUUAAUAUACCCGAAUCGAUCAGAACGAGAAGCCAGGUCGUUGAGUGACAUGUUGACGAGAGUCGCCCAAGGAAUGAGAUGGAAUAUUCCUCAACCGAGCAGAUAUCCGUUACCAGACGAUAGAAAUGGAACGUAUACGUCGUACCUGGAUCGAGCGUUAAACGAACGCAAUCCGCAAUUAGUCGUGUGCGUUGUCCCGAACAAUAAGUCAGAUCGGUACAGUGCCAUAAAAAAGAAGUGUAUCAUCGAUAAACCGACUCCGUCGCAAAUCGUCGUAUUCAAGUCAAUUACAGCUCGUGGAGCUAUGUCAAUUUGUACGAAAAUCGCCAUCCAACUGAACGCCAAAAUCGGCGGAGCUCCUUGGAGCGUAUCGAUUCCAGUCAGCGAUUUGAUGGUUAUAGGAUUCGACGUCUGUCACGACCCCUCUAAUCGUAACAAGAGUUACGGAGGAAUGGUGGCGACGUUGGACAAUACCUAUUCCCAUUACUAUUCUUGUAUCACUCAUCACGCCGCCGGUGAUGAGUUAUCGGAUAAUUUUGGCUUUAACGUCUUAAAGGCUGUCGAUAAGUACGAACGACGUAAUGGUAAAAUUCCGAAGUUGAUCGUUAUAUUCAGAGAUGGUGUCGGUGAAGGUAACCUCAAAUACGUACGAGAGCACGAAGUGCAAAAUAUCCUGGAUAAUUUGAAAGCGGUUUAUGCCCGUCAGCGAGAACCAAAAGAUCAGAAACUAAGACUCGCCUUCGUCGUCGUUAGUAAGAAAUUAAAUACACGUUUGUUCGCUGGAGAAAGGAAUCCGGUUCCUGGAACGAUUGUCGAUGAUGUUAUUACCGAUCCGUUGAAAUACGAUUUUUAUUUGGUCUCUCAAACCGUUCGCCAAGGUACGGUUACACCAACUUACUACAACGUUUUGGAGGAUACGACCGGUCUUGCACCCGACCAUAUUCAGCGACUGGCGUAUAAGUUUACGCAUCUUUACUUUAACUGGAGUGGAACUGUUCGAGUGCCAGCGCCUUGUCAGUACGCGAAGAAGUUGGCCUUUUUGACAGCCAAUUCGGUCGGUGUAGCGCACACGAAUCUAGACCAAUUAUUAUACUUUUUAUAAUUUUUUUCUUGACCAUGGAAACUUUUUUUGAUAUUUUUUAAGUUUUUUCGUUUAUACCUAUUGAGUUUUGUUUUCGUUAUAUGUGUAUUACUUUCAAUUUUUGAUUACGAUUUGAUUUUUUUUCGUUAAUUUUUAAGAGUCGUUUUCCUUUUUUACCUAUAAUAAAGAAGAUUUUUUGACAA